AUGACACACUAUUAUCUUGAGCAAGAAAUUUCUUGUUUAGCUAUGAAUCCAAAAGAUUCAAGACAAUUGAUUAUUGGUCAAUUAGAUGGUGUUUUUUCAAUGUAUGAAAUGAAAUUAAAAAAUUUAACACCUCUUGGAAGUUUUAAAUUAGAUGGUGAUAGUUAUGUUCGUGAUGUAGCAUAUAUGGGGGAUGGGAAAAAAUUUACCUUAACAACAUCAGAUAAUUCAUUAGCAUUAAUGGAUACGGUUACAAUGGAACCUUAUCAUUGGGUGAAAAAUGCAAUGGAUAGUAAGCCUUCCGCAUUAUUAACACUUGGUGGAGAUAAGGGUAUUCAAACAGUAGUUGGUGAUGAUGACGGAAAUAUUAAAAUGUUUGAUUUUCGUACACAAGAAGGAGCAAUUUUAGAAUUUAAAGAACAAGAAGAAACAAUAACGGAUCUCAAAUUUAAUCAGGGAAGUAUUUUAGCUACUUCUUCUGAUGGUUUCUUAUGUGUAUUUGAUCUUCGUAAAAAAAAGUUUACUGUUAAAUCAGAACAAGCUGAAUCUGAAUAUAAUUGUAUUUGUAUUACAAAUGACAAAACAUACAUUGCAACUGGAAAUGGUGUGAUAGAUGUAUAUAAAAAUGGUGAUUAUGGUUAUAUGUUAGAGAGAAUUGAUACCAAAAUGAAAUAUGGAGUAGAAUCAAUUGUUGAAGUUCGUGAUAAUUUAUUAAUGUGUGCUUCAAUGUUACAAGAUUAUGUUAAGUUUGUUAAUGUUCAACCAAAUAAAGUUUUAAAGAAGAAAACAGUACCUUUUCCAAUAGGUAAAAUUAUUUUAAGUAGUAGUAGAAAAUUUUUUGUUGGUUAUGGAAUGUGUGAAAAUUUCUAUCAUUCUUCAAUUGCAGAAAUGAUUAAUGAUAUUCCUUUGAUCACAAGAGACAAUGUUAAAGAUGUUAAAAAGUUAGUCAAAGAAGAUAAUAGUAAUGGAUUUUUUAAUGAUUUAAUUAAGGAUACAUAA